AUGGUAGAUGGCUUUGAUGGUGAACGUGGAACAGUGACCGCCGGCGCUCGUGGUUACUAUUUGAAGGGUCCUCUCGUAUUUUUAGAGCAAGCCCUAAUCAGAUUUGCCCUUGGGAUGCUCUACGAGCGCGGCUACACCGCUUUGUACACACCUUUCUUCAUGCGGAAAGAGAUUAUGCAGGAAGUUGCUCAACUGAGCCAGUUUGACGAAGAACUUUACAAAGUUGUCGGCAAACGGGAGGAUCCUGACGCUCCCAGUGACGCUCCUGAAGAAGAAAAAUAUCUGAUCGCUACAUCUGAGCAAACAAUUGCUGCUUUCCACCGCGAUGAGUGGCUUGCGCCCUCAUCUCUCCCAAUCUGCUACGCUGGUAUUUCAACUUGCUUCCGCCAGGAAGUUGGUAGUCAUGGUCGUGAUACGCGCGGAAUAUUCCGUGUUCACCAGUUUGAAAAGGUUGAACAAUUUUGCCUGACCUCACCACAUGACAACGAGUCAUGGAAUAUGUUCCACAAGAUGAUCGAGACGGCCGAAGCGUUCUAUAAGGCCCUGGGUUUACCCUACCACAUCGUGUCAAUUGUGUCCGGUGAGCUUAACAACGCUGCUGCGAUGAAAUAUGACCUGGAGGGUUGGUAUCCGGGUUCCAAGGCCUUCAGAGAGCUGGUAUCAUGCAGCAACUGCACGGACUACCAAGCCCGUCGCCUGGCUGUACGAUAUGGCCAGACUAAGAAGAUGGACAAGGAGGUGGAGUAUGUUCACAUGCUUAAUGCAACUAUGUGCGCCACUACGCGAGUCAUCUGUGCAAUCCUCGAAAAUUACCAGACCGAUGACGGCGUAGUUGUACCCGAAGUUCUUCGCAGCUUUAUGCCUCAAGGAAUGAAUGAGAAGAUCAAAUUUGUAAUGGAAGCUCCAAUUGAUCAGCAGAGGGCGGCUCUAGAGAAGCUUUCUCUUAAGGAGGAUAAAUCGAAACCACAGGCAGCAGCCACAAAGGAUAACAAAACG